AUGGCAGCCACCUCGCUUCCCGACAUCCCUGAAAUCGGCCUUGUCUUCCCACGCUCUCCGCUUGCCGAAGCAGCUUUCAAGUACUCCGAGAAGCACUGCGCCCCAUUGGUUCAUAACCAUACCGUUCGCUCGGCUUAUUGGGCCCUCAUACUCGCAAAGAAGCUUCCCCAUGUCUAUGGCAACCCGGAUCUCGAAUUGGUCACCCUGAGCUGCAUGCUUCACGACUUGGGCUGGGCCUCGACAAAGGAACUCCUUUCCGCCCAUAAGCGCUUCGAGGUCGAUGGAGCAGACCUCGCACGAGACUGGCUUCGCAGCAAGCUGGAUAACUUGACCCCUGCCAAAGAAUGGAGCGAAGACAGGCUCCAAAGAUCUUGGUAUGCCAUUGCGCUGCACACAAACUUCACCUUGACGCCCUACACCGAACCCGAUGUGUCCCUAACCAGUAUGGCUAUCGGCGCCGACUUCUACGGGCCAAAGUAUGCUCCUAUCGUUGCUCCAGAGAGCAAUGUGAUCACCGUCGAAGAGUACCACGCUGUGAUGAAGCGCUUUCCUCGCGCCGGUUUUGACUAUAACGGCUUCAAGGGCGUCAUGUGCGACAUCUGCCGUGAAAAGCCAGCGACGACCUAUGAUAACUUCGUGGGCGAGUUUGGCCGCAAAUGGGGUCCCAAUGGUGAUGGCGUUGGCAAGGAGGAGUUCGACAAAGCCAUGAGCGACGCAGUCUUUGCCUCGGAGGCGGAGAGGAGUAUCGGCUAUUUGGUCGAGUUGGAUAAAUCGGUGGGCUCCGAGUAG